CAGAGGCAAAACAAUCUCAAUCUCGAUCUGUAAACUGGCUAACAUAUAUAAAAUUAUACUUAAAAUCGUUCCUAUAUUUUGAAAAAGAAAAAAAAAUACGAUUUAAUCGCUCAACAUGAGUGCGCAGAAGAUUCGGGGCAUCCUGAAGAAAAACCAUGAUGUAAGCCUGAAACCUUCAAAGUCAGCCUCAUUCGACGAGAUAAGUCUCAUGCAUACAGCACAGCGUACCGAAGUUUAUAUCCAGGACGCUCCCAAGCCGGUUAUCUCUUCAUAUUUGUCCGUAACUAGUUUGGCUCGCGAGCUGGAGAAGGUAUCGGAGAGUAUUCAGUAUGAUUUCAACAUCGACACAGAGGAGGAUUCGUCUGACGAUGAGCAUAUAUUAUCGGAGACAAUCGAGGAGCGGGUGCAGCGUCUGGAGUUUGAACGUCGCCGCUCCCUGCACUACAAUGAGUUUCAAACGGUGCAGCUGGCACGUCGCCUUAUAAACGAGGAAUUCUCCAACUUGACGGAGUCCAUCGAGAGCGAAAAUUUCUCCGAAUUCAUGGUCUCGAGCUGUGAGGCUGAGGAGUGUCCAUUCACUGAAAGCGAAGAUGAGCUAAAAAAGAGUAAGGAACAAAUACUAGCCGAAAAACUCUUCUCCGAAACAUAUUACGGAGAGCCGGAGACAGAGCCAGAGGUCGCUAUAGAGCCAGGAUUCACGCCCUCUCAUCCUUGCUAUCACCAACUGAUGGCCACAAAAAGCACAGAACUUCCUGAACAAACACUGCCCAACGUUGAUCCAAUUUAAAGUGAAUUGGGGAUUGGAUGAUCGAGUGUCACAUUUGUUCCAAGGAGCUUCUUUGACUAUUUUCUGUUAAUUCUUGUUCAUUUCAACUUCAAGUUAUGCCAUUUACAGAAGCUUUUGCGUUUUUUGUUCAACAUUAGCUAAAAAACU